AUGUCCGAGACGCGUGCAUCUACAACAUUACCGCGGACACGAAACACUUAUAAUAGAACAUUUAUUCGCUCUCGUGAUUCUGUCCGUACACAGUUUCCAUCAAACAAAGUACAUAAUAUUCCAGUGCGUCGAGGAAAAAGUGGCCCACGUCGCGGUGGUGCGAGUAGCGGAGGUUUAGGAUCGGACAAAGAUAAGCAUUUUGUAGCCAGCAGAGAGAAAGUUGAUGGGAAUAAUGGUGGUCCAAGUGUAGAGCCCAUUGUAUCUAAUGGACCGAAGCAACUUGAAAAUGGACCGAAACCGGAGCAACAAUCAAUAUCAAAGGAUGAAAAGCGCGAAUCUGUAACGGCAUCAAGUACGAUGGCGACGACAGCUAAACAACCGUGGCAGCAACACUCCGAUCAACAAUAUACUAAAAGAGAGAAGAAAAAACAGAUAACAGUAACGAGAGAAAUACCAAAGUGUAUUAUUGAACCGAAGCCGUUUACAUUUUCAUCAGAGAACAAGUAUGCAGCACUUCUGGAAGCAGAUGAUUAA